AUGACGACUCUCAGUCUAGAUAAAGUCAAUCAGACUUAUUUCGAUAAGCUAUUCGUGGCUAAAAAUAACACACAAUUGUCGGCUGCCAUAAGAGCCAAAGUGCUCCUUGUGGAUCAGCACACAAUGCCUAUCAUAUCCAUGAGCUACACUCAAUCACAACUUCUUCAGCAAGAUGUCGUGCUUAUUGAGAUGCUAGACAAUCUACGCAAUUUGAGUACCAUGAAACAUCUCAAUUGUGUCGUUUACGUCAAACCCACUCGAGAGCUGAUCAGCAAAGUGUGUGAGGAGCUCUUGAACCCCCACUAUAACCACUACCAGUUGUUCUUCAACAACUCGAUCAGCAAGAAUGACAUAGAGAGAAUCGCCGAAGCUGACGAGCAAGAGGUGGUAAAUCAGGUGAUCGAGCUUUAUCAGGACUACUCUAUUGCCAACGACAAUUUGUUUACGAUAAGUGUGCCUGAUGUAUCCCAGCUGGCAAGACACACACUGACGAUCCAGGAGGCAACAAGCUUAGUGAGCUUGCUCUUGUCUCUCAAGAAAUGCCCCAUGAUCAAAUACGAAACUUCUUCGCUAGACUCAAAGCGCUUGGCGUCCGAGCUUUUGUAUUAUAUCAACUCAAACCUGAACAACAACUUAUUUGACGACCUCAACAGGACCAGUGAUGUCCCACCUACGCUCCUUAUACUUGAUAGAAAAAAUGACCCCAUCUCACCGCUCGUGCUUCCGUGGACCUACCAGUCUAUGAUCCAUGAGCUUAUCGGCAUCAACAGAAAUGUUGUGGACAUCAAGGAAUCAUCGGAGCAGCUCACCCUUUCAGAAUCUCAAGACAAGUUCUUCCAGGAAACAAUGUAUAUGAACUACGGUGACCUCACCGAUAGAUUUCAAAAGUAUGUGGACGAGUACAAGAAGCAGACGAAACAGUCCUCCAUUGAAAAUCUCAAAACACAAGACUUGUCGGAAUUCAAGAAGAUCUUGACAAGAUUUCCAGAGUUCAAGAAGCUCUCGAAUAACAUUCUCAAGCAUCUCAAUAUCAUUUCGGAAAUUGAUAAGCAGAUUUCGGGCCAGAAUUUGUGGGCUGUGGGCGAGUUACAGCAGACGAUUACAUGCGGUUUAGAAAACCACCAAAAUAUCAAAACUAGACUCAUUGAUUUGAUUGCGGACCAUGCGGUCUCUACGGAGAACAAGGUCAAGUUGCUUCUACUUUAUGUGGCCAAGUUCCCUAAUCAGCAAAGUGAUUUGGGUGCCAUGUUGGCUAAGCUCAACGACCCAAUAACCACGAGUCCACCACCAACCAUCACGCAGACAACUUUGAUAAAGCAGUUCAGCAGGUACUUUGGCAGCAUCAAGAAGAUGUCAUCUCUGGAGAGCAACACCAACAACGGCAACAUUGGCCAGAUUUUCAACAAAAACCGUAUCAAGAUUCAGCAACUUUUCAACCCUAAUAAUGACGAAGACAAGCACAGCAUGCCCAAGACGGACAACAUCUUCAUGCAAUAUAUCCCCAGGCUCAACGACGUGUUGGCACAAAUCACCAACCCAACGCCGCAAAAUAAGCAGAACCAGCAGCAAAACCAGCAGGACAAGGUUGAUCUCGCUACUAUGGUGCCAGAUGUGGUGAAUAAGCAGUACGGCGAUGUUUCGGCGCAGGCAGCCCAAGAGGUUAUCAUCUACUUCAAGGGCGGCGCCACCUACGAGGAAGCCCGUUUGGUGCACGAGCUCAGCAAGAUUAACAAUCGCGUCAAGUAUAUUAUCGGUGGUGAUGGAAUAUUAAACAGUAGCCAGUGGCUUGAUAAGAUGAGUGAUAUUGUCAAUGGUUAUAAUGAGCCUGCUGGAGGGUCAGCGGCGGCAACGGGCCAACAGGAUCGGAGAAGCCAGCUUCGUGAGAUCUUAUAG